GCGGUGUGUGUCGUGAACAAAUGGGGAAUCUGCCCCGCAACAGUGGUUUAACGAGGUUAGCGUGCCCCGCCGCCUCCCGUAAAUCCUCUUUAGCCGCGCGUCUAAGGACGGCUAGCGUGGGAAGUUAAGCAACUCUGCGAAUCAACAAGUCUGCAAAUCCCAUCCCGUAAUGUGCAACCUUCGCUGAAGUGGCGCUAUGGCGGCAGAGGGGGAGCCCACAGAUUUGGUCAAAGUUUUGCAUCUGCUGGUGCUUUCUUUUUCCUGGGGGAUGCAGGUCUGGGUCUCCUUCAUAGCAGGUUUUGCAUUGGUGUGGCAGGUGACUUUGCACACCUUCGGUCUGGUGCAGAGCAAGCUGUUCCCUGUGUAUUUCUACUGCCUGCUGGGCAGUAACUUCGUCAGCCUGGCGGUGUAUGCGGCAUACCACCCCCGAGAGCUGCUGGACUGGCAUGAAAGUGUACAGAUGGUUAUGUACUUUGUGGCACUGAUCAUGGCUGGCCUGAACGCCCAGUGGUUUGGCCCAGCAGCUACGGAGGUGAUGAUGGAGUUGCGGGAGAUCGAGAAGGAGCACGGUUUGGGGAACCAAGUUGGCCUGGGCAGCCAGAAGGAGGCGUACGCCAAGUUGAAAGAACUCGACCCCAAGUACAAAGCCCACAAGAGCACGUUCGGUCGCUACCAUGGGCUGUCCAACCUUUGUAACCUCAUAGGGUUCAUCUGCACCACCACCAACCUAGUUUACACAGCUUUGAAUUUAACCACUAUUUAGAUAAAAACUUGUUUGGAGUUCAUUUUUUUCGAAAGUAUAUUAGUAUUGAUUUUUUAUUUUUUUUGGCUGUAUGGUCUCUUGUGGCAGUCUCAUGGCAGUCAUUCCUUAUUGCCUCCAUCUGUAACUAAGGUUUCAUUGUAUGAUCCCUGGGCAGACAUGAUGUCCUGAGUGAAAGAGGGUCAUGCCCUUCUAAUUUAUACUGGGCUGAGACAAUAAUGCAUGUUGUCCUAUAGACGUAUACGUGCCAGGCUAAAUGAACCGCUGAUAGUUUCAGAAAUCCACCUUUGAUUCCAGUUAAUGACGGGUGGAUUCUGUGGUAUUUUUAACUAAUAGGACCAAGCUGUUGUAGUUCAUAUAGGUUUCCAAUACUUCCUAUUGGUAACGAUGUUCUUGGUUCUUUGGAACGCCCAAGAAAAACGAGUGUUGCUUGUUUUCUAUCACCUGAAUGUGCCUUAUUUACCCCCUUCGGUCAAUAACUUUCUACAUUUUGUGACAUACAUCAGAAUCAGAAUAAACUUUAUUGGCCAAGUGUGCUUAUGCAUACGAGGAAUUUGACUCCGGUUCACAGCAGCGUCUCUUACUUGCAUACAUCACUCACAAAAGAAAAGCAAACGAAAUAAAUGGAA